UGCCUACCCUGGAGUUUGGUGUGCAAUGGGCACCGGGACUGUCCUAAUGGCGAGGACGAGGGAAAGGCUUGUUUUAAUAGCAGUAGUGAUUAUUCCUACGACAGAGUAGGUAAAUGCGAUUCUGUACCGGAAUUCACACCAGAAUUACGGCAACAAAUCGCUAGUCUUAAGGGCGAUGUUAACAAAAUCAUUAAUUUUGUUAUGAAUGGCGGCGACAGUGGUGUCACUUAUAAUGAACUGGCCACUUUUGUAGAUAGGUUUGGUCCAAGGCACCUUGGUACUCGUGUUUUAGAGGAUUCCAUUGAUUACGUGGUUGACCUAUUGAACAAAGAGGGUCACGAUGGCGUCCGUACGGAAUCGCUUCCCGUUCCCAUAUGGAGAAGAGGCAGAGAAUGGGCGCAAAUGGUUAGCCCGCGAUUGAAAUCCAUGAACAUCCUGGGCCUGGGUUACAGUGUGGGCACCAAUGGAAAGGUAUUAACCGGUGAAGUGGUUGUCGUGAAGACAUUUGAAGAGUUGAGGGCUCGUGCCCAUGAGGUGCCGGGUAAGUUUGUGGUCUAUAACUUUGUUUAUGAAAGUUAUGCCAAGACUGCUAAGUAUAGGAGAGAGGGGGCCAGUGAGGCGGCCAGGUUUGGGGCUAUCGGUGCGCUGAUCCGUUCAGUGACUCCAUUCUCAAUUGAUUCACCGCAUACCGCAUAUGCCGAAAAUGUGCCCAAAAUACCGGCCGUUAGUAUCACUGUAGAGGACGCCGAGCUGUUCGACCGAAUCACUCAAAGAGGUGAGAAAGUAAAAGUGAGUUUAUAUAUGGAGGCCCAUAUGGAGGGCACCGGUAUGUCCAGGAAUACCAUUAGCGAGAUAACUGGCUAUAAAUAUCCGGAUGAAGCGGUUAUAGUGUCGGGCCAUUUAGACUCGUGGGAUGUGGGACAGGGAGCUAUGGACGAUGGCGGCGGCGCCUUUAUCUCGUGGCGCGCCUUAUCGGUGCUCAAGAAGUUAGGCCUUCAGCUGAAACGGACGGUGCGGUCCAUACUGUGGACCGGCGAGGAGAUGGGUUUCUUUGGGGUUAAGGAUUACGUCAAAGUACGAGAGAGAGAGCACCGCGGUGUUGAACCCAAUCACGACUCCAAACCA